ACAGGAGACGAGCAGCUGGACUGAACGGACCCUCACGCAUUGCACACCACAACACACACUUGCGCAGCUGCGACAGCAUACUCCAAGCGGUAAUCUUAGCUGUCUGCCAACAUGGUGGUACUCUCCGCAGCGAUCACGACCCGGUCGGGCAAACCUAUUCUCGCCAGACAGUUCCGUCAAAUGCAGAGAUCGCGAGUUGAAGCACUCCUCGCAUCUUUCCCCAAACUUGCGGAUACGGCAUCGCAACAUACCACCGUCGAGCAGGACAACGUGCGAUUUGUGUAUCAACCGCUGGACGAGCUAUACAUGGUUUUGAUCACGAACCGCCAAUCGAACAUCCUCCAAGAUAUCAACACGCUUCACCUGUUCGCGCAGGUCGUCAGCACAAUAUGCAAGAGCCUCGAUGAGCGGGAAAUCGCAAGAUGUGCCUUCGAACUUCUGUCAGCCUUCGACGAGAUUGUCACAUUAGGUUACAGGGAGAACCUCACUCUGAGUCAGAUCAAGACUUUCCUCGACAUGGAAUCGCAUGAAGAGCGCAUUCAGGAGAUCAUUGCUCGCAACAAGGAGCUUGAGGCAUCGGAGGAGCGCAAGCGGAAGGCCAAGCAGCUGGAGAUGCAGCGCAAGGAGAUGUCUCGCGCAACGAGGGGCGGAAGUGGGAACAUUGGUGGCAUGCCCAGGGCACCGAACUACCCUACAUAUACACCACCUGCUUCAACUCCAAGCAUGACCGACUCCUACGACUCCUAUAAUGCAGCAAAGAACCAGUCUUUCAGCAAGCCAUUGGCCACAAGAGGCAAGGGUAUGCAGCUUGGCAAAAAGAAGACGACAAACACUAUGUUCGAUCAGCUCGGAGCUGAAGCGGCAGAAGCAAGUGCGCCAUUAGCCGGCGUGCCAACACCAGCAGCUCCUUCCGUGCAACCUUCUGUGCCAGCCGGCAGGCCAAGCACGGAUCGCGAGGGCAUUCAUGUGGUCAUUGGAGAGGCCAUCUCUGCACGCCUGUCACGAGAAGGUGACCUAGAGUCAUUCGAGGUCAAGGGUGACUUGCAGCUCCGAAUCACAGAUCCCAGCCUGACACAAGUCAAGCUUGAUCUGGCUGUCGGCGACACAAAAGGAGCUCAGCUUAAUGCUCACCCGAAAGUCGACAAAGCACAAUUCAAGAACAACAACACGAUUCAGCUCCAGGAUACGACCAAGGGCUUUCCUUCCAACAACAGCAUUCAGGUCGCACGAUGGCGGCUUGCCGCAAAGCCCGAGAACGUACAGGAUCCACCAAUAGUCUUCAGAGCUUGGCCUUCUGAGACUGAUGCCGGCACGUGGAGCAUCACUGUCGAGUACGAGUUGACUGGCGGCGAAGCUCUGCGGGAUGUCACAGUUGUAAUUCCGUACGCUACGUCAGAACCUUCGGUGUCCAGUUUCGAUGCUGUCUAUGAAGUAAGCGGAGACAGCAUAGACUGGACCAUUGGUGACGUGGAUGACAGCAAUGCUUCUGGGACUUUUGAAUUUGAAGCGCAAGCCUCUUCAGCCGAUGACUUCUUCCCAAUGCAGGUUCGGUUCAGCAAGAGCAAGCCUUGGGUGGAAGUGGACAUCAGCAGCGUCACAUUGCUCAAUGAGGACCAAGAUGUCAGUUUCAGCAAGGACGUCAGGUCGGUGGCAGAGAACUUCACAGUGGUUUGAUGUGGGCCGGGUGCAUGAUAUAGAUCUCACCAGUUCGUAGAGCAAAAGCAAAGACGUGACGGCGCGUCAAUUUCGCGUCGCGCUAGUGCAAUAGCGUCAUGAAACUCAGUUCAACUCAGC